GAAUUCCUGGUUUAACUCAUGUAUUGAAAAAAAGCCUUGUCUUGGUCACUUUUGUCGAAGCCACCUAAUCACCAGAAAGAAUAUCUACUUAAUAGUACUUGCCAUACCGAAUGCAUACUAAAUAUGGAAACAAAUGGAUGAUAAUAAUAAUAAUGAUAAUAACACAUGCAAUCGCCCUCAGAUUAGCUCUCAGGUUCUCACGGGUUUCCAGGCCGAUGUGGAAGCGCCUAAGCGCAGGCCGGAUACCAUACAACUUUGGCUUUUGGAAUAACCUCGUCACUGGGCGAUUGCAUGUGCUAUGGGUUGUGUGGGUAGGGGAAGCAAAAAGCUGGGGCGCGGUUAGUGUGGUAGGAAGAGUAAGCUUGGGCUUAUGACAGAUGGUCGAUGUCGGAUGAAAUGAGGUUUGAAUUGCGACUUAAAUCUAGUGACUUAGAUACAUGUAUCUUGUAAGUAUCUGUCGGCGUAUAUUCAAUCCAAGAGCAUAUGAAGGGUGAGAGAAAAA